AUGCUUCGUGGUAGACUGCACAAGCAAAUUGUAGAGACUCAAGAUGCUACCUCAAAAGAAAUGGAGGAGACCAAGGUGGGUCAAGUUAUCAGUAAGCAGAAGCAAGAGACAUUAGGAGCCCCAACCUUUGAGGGAACAACGAACCCAAUAGAUGCAAAAUCUUUGUUCGUGACAGUGGAAAAAAGUUUCAGGGUAAUGCGAUGCCCUAAAGAUAGGAAGGUAGCACUAGCCACCUUUCUAUUUCAACAAAGAGCUGAGGAUUGGUGGUGGAUAUUUGAGAGUAAUAGAAGAGUAAGGGAGGAAAUUACUUGGGAGGAAUUUGAUAACGCCUUCCAUGAACAAUUCUAUCCCCAAACAUUUCGCGAUGCAAAGCAAAAUAAAUUUAUGGAUCUCAUGCAAGGCUCAUUAAUGGUAGCCGAGUAUGAACAGAAGUAUAUAGAACUUAGCAAAUAUGCCACCAGCAUAAUUCAAGGCGAAGAUGAAAGAUGCAGAAGAUUCGAAGGGGGGCUGCAAGCCGAGAUAUAA